UGUAAAAAUAUGUAUUAUUAAAUCCCAUUCCCAGAAGCAGAGAGCGAGGAAAGCCACGACGAACCAAGAAGAAGACGACGACUGAACAAUGGCGAAACCCUCCGUGAUCGCUGCUGCUUUCCUGCUGCCUCCGCUGUAGCCCCCUCUAUCUCCUUCUAUCUCGCUUCCUUCGUCCCCGCUUUUCUUCCCGUCCCCAAUUCUCGCCUGCUGCUGCUGCGCGCCCGGGAGCCAUAGGAUGGGGAUCGAUCUGAACACCAUCGACGAAGGAGAGGAAGAGGAGGAGGAGGGGGAGGAAGAGGAGGAGGAGAUUGAUCAGGUGCCGCCGGCCGCCGCGAGUUACGUCUGCCUGGAGCUGUGGCACGCCUGCGCCGGGCCGCGGGUUUGGCUGCCCAGGAAGGGGAGCCUCGUCGUGUACUUCCCGCAAGGUCACCUUGUGAGGCUCGGAGGCGUGGGCGAGGCUGAAGGAAUCGAUCUGCCUCCUCAUCUUCUCUGUCGUGUGGUGGAUGUCACUCUCAAAGCGGAGGUGGAUACUGACGAGGUGUAUGCUGAGCUCUCCCUGGCUGCCGAGGACAAGAAAUUGGAGCAACAGCUUCGAGACGACGAGGCUGGAGAAAAUGGGCAAGUAGAGGAGAGUGAUGGUUUCAGCCAGUCGCUUACUACACAGAUGUUCUGCAAGACCCUGACUGCUUCUGACACUAGUAGCCAUGGUGGUUUCUCUGUACCUCGCCGUGCUGCUGAAGACUGUUUCCCUCCCUUGGAUUAUAGGCAGCAGAGGCCGUCACAGGAGAUUGUAGCUAAGGACUUGCAUGGCACUGAGUGGAGAUUCCGUCAUAUCUACAGAGGGCAACCCCGUAGACAUCUGCUAACAACAGGAUGGAGUGCAUUUAUUAACAAGAAAAAGCUUGUCUCUCACGAUGCUGUGCUCUUUCUUCUGGGUCAGGAUGGGGUGUUGAGGUUGGGAAUAAGGCGAGACAAUCAACUUAAGAGAAGCACUCAUUCCUGUGCUAUUAGCAGUCAAGAGAAAUUUGGCACACUUAGGGAUGUAGCCAAUGCUGUUUCUGCCAGAAAAGUAUUCUUCAUUAACUAUGACCCAAGGGCUACUCAAUCAGAUUAUGUCAUUCCUUACCGGAAGUUUGCAAAUAGCUUCAAUCAUUCAUUUUCUAUUGGAACAAGGUUUAGAAUGCAAAUUGACAGUGAAGAGGCAGCAGACAGAAGAUAUACUGGUUUGAUAACUUCAGUGGGUGAGCUUGAUCCUCUUAGAUGGCCAGGUUCAAAAUGGAAAUGCCUGUUGGUGAGAUGGGAUGAUGAGUUAGCUAAGAAUGGAGAUAACAGGGUAUCUCCUUGGGAUGUUGAACCAACAGGUUCAGUUUUACUCUCUACUGUUCUGCCAACGACUGGUCCAAAGAAGACAAAAAUAUAUCAUGCUCCAGACCAUCUGGAACCACUGAUUCCGAAUGGAAUUAGAUGUUCCAACUCAGGGAAAUCUGCAAGGUUUCUCAAGGUCUUGCAAGGUCAAGAAAUAGUUGGUUUGAGAACUCUUUAUGAGGAUAUUAAUGGAACAACUGAUAUGAGAAACAAUGUCAGAAUUCCAAUUGGUAAUUCUGGCUUUCCCUACCAGGGCUUUGGGGAAUCUGUAUGUCUCCACAAGGUCUUGCAAGGUCAAGAAAUAGGUCCAUGGAAGCCCACUCUUCAGGGUUAUCCAACCGAUACUUGGUCCAAAAGUGGUCCAAGUGUCUUUAGUCACUUGUUUGGGGUGGGAAAUAAUUGGUCUAAUAGACCAAUCCAGGAAUUUACUGCGAUUGCUAAACCACCUGUGUCUUCAGCUCAGGUGUCAUCUCUAUCCUCCGUUCUGAUGUUUCAACAAGCAAGUGAACAACUUUCAUGCUCUCAUGUCGUGCAUGGUAUGGAUAAACACCCUAAUGGUUAUGGUGGCAAUUCUGCUCUUCCGCCAGACAGAGAAAAACAAAUGCCUUUGGUACCAUGCGACAUAAUAUAUGGCUCCUCCACAGGGAUUCGUAGAUCAGAAAUGUAUGAAAAUACUCAAGUGGCAAAGCCAAUUCCUGAGAAUGGCCACGAUGAUCUGACUAAUGCUGUGACAAACUGUAGGCUUUUUGGAUUUUCCAUCCCACUGCCAACUAGAAUGGAUAGGUCUGAAACUGGGAGACCCUCAUCAACCGACACAAACGAUGAAACAUCUUUCUCCCUGUUCACAUCUCAAAUGCCGAGUACAACUGAUAGGGCGAUUGAUCACCUGAAGCUGGGUGCUUGUGAUGAUCUUAUGCUUGGAUUGGAUACUGUUUGAUACCAUCCACAAUAAUGCAAGAACCGAUGCUACGGAGCUGACAUUUGGCACAGAAGUACCACCGAAUUGUUGGCUUAGUUAAUACUUCCCUAUUUAUCUUUGGAUCUAGUAUCAAAUAGUUCUGUGAAUUUGCCUUCACAUUUUGGUGUAUAAUGAUGAGGCGUUGGUAAUACUUUCUAUUGAAGAUGCUUUAAACCUCAAAUGGCAAUGCAGUAGCUGAUCAAAUAUGGAUUAUGUAUGUUGGUUGUUUAAACACAAUUGUUUCACCAUUCAGAGAUUGGAAUGCUUUUAUUCAA